AUGGCAGAGAGGAUGGUGUUAAACAGAUUGCUGUGGAAAACAGGACCCUUACACCACCGCGUAUAUGCCUACAAAGAGGGGAUAGGCACACAGGAGUGUCUAGCAGAUGUGAUGGCCACAAUAAAUAACAAGAAAGCAAUUGUAGUAUUCCUCGACCUAGAAAAAGCCUGCAAACUUGCCAGUGCUGCUGCCAUCCUGGCAGCCUUAGCCGACAAAGCAGUUAAAGGCAACCUUCUGGCAUGGGCUAAAGGAUACAUGCGAAACAGGCAAGCCAGAGUUACUUUUCAAGGUGCAACCUCUGAAUUCCUCAAUCUGGAAAAUGGAACACCUCAAGGAGGAAUACUCAGCCCCUUCCUCUUCAACAUACUAAUGGAGAAACUAGCCAACAGCAACUUGCCAAAUGGAGUUGAAAUAUUCAUAUAUGCAGAUGAUGUAUGCUUGGUCAGCACAGACAGGCAUAGAGCCCACCAAAACAUGCAGAUCGCGAUAACACAGAUUUAA